CCCCUGCUGCCACAUGACUUCCAGCUUGGGUUUCAUUGGAUGCAAGCACACUUCCUUUCGUGGAUCGUCGGUGACCCUAACGGAUUACCAUGGGGGAAGGAAGAGAGCAAAAUGAGGCGUUUGUCACGCUGGCCACUAAUGAUACCUAUGCCUUGGGAUGCUUGGUCCUUGGCAGCUCUCUGCGGAGAGUUGGAACCACAAGGCAGCUUGCUGUUAUGGUGACAUCAGGUGUCUCUCAGUCCAUGAGACAACAGCUUGGUGGUCUCUUCAAUCAAGUGGUGGAAGUGAAUGUCCUUGACAGUAGUGACACAUGUAACCUUGAACUCUUAGGGCGACCUGACCUUAGUGUUACAUUCACAAAAUUUCACUGCUGGAGACUUACUCAAUACCAAAAAUGUGUCUUCAUGGAUGCGGACACUUUAGUGGUACAGAAUGUCGACGAACUGUUUGACAGGGAAGAGCUGUCAGCUGCGCCGGAUGCAGGCUGGCCUGACUGCUUCAACUCUGGUGUUUUCGUGUAUGUGCCAUCAGAGCAAACGUACAGAAAUUUGCUGUCGUUCGCUGUAACUGGUGGCUCAUUUGAUGGUGGUGAUCAAGGCCUGCUUAACUUGUACUUCAACAAGUGGGCCACUGAGGAUAUAGGCAAACAUCUUCCCUUUACUUUUAACGUUGUGUCUCAAGCCUUUUACAGUUACCUGCCGGCAUUUAAACAAUUUUAUGACAACAUCAAAGUCGUCCAUUUUAUCGGUGCUGUUAAGCCUUGGCAUCAUGCUUACAACACUGCCAGCCGCACCGUGACGCAAUUGCCAGGCACUGGCCACAGUCAGCAGUUUCUGCAAAUGUGGUGGAAUAUCUUUAUGGAUUCUGUCCAGCCCAACCUCGACCCACAGCUUUAUGAGUCAUCAGUCGUCAGCCAGAACUUGUCAUGCAGUGAGCGUGUUCGGUCGUUGCUCUCGUCAGCUUCAUCUGGAGGCGCCGCCGGACACAACGCUUUCUCCUCCUCGUCCCAGCAUGAUGGUGCUUGUCCUCCUUCCUCCUUUCCCUCCUCGCACGAAGGCCCGGGUGGGGGGCACACGGACACCCGCGGAACGCCCAGCACCUCCUACAGUGUUCUCUACCCCUACACACCCCCCAUAGUGGAUGGGGACGGGGACUCGUCUUCAACAUCACCCGCCAGGGAUGGAACCCGGGACAAUCACGAACACGCGGGGUCGGGCGAGGAGGCGCCCAGAGUUGUGGACGUGCCGGUUGUGUACCGCGAGUACAGGUCUGUGGAGACUCACUACACUGAAGAACCUCUCACAUCUGUCAACCCAGAGACUCCGCCCGGAGACCGUUACCAUGACACUAUAGAUCACGCCGGGAACACCACUGCUUCGAACAAUAACCAUAGCAACAAUAGCAAUAGUAAUAACAAUUAUAGUAAUAGCAUUUACACCAAAGAGCAAGACAGUGGUGAUCGGAGUGGUGACGUUGCGACACAUUCCAGUGGAGAUAACGCUGUGAGGACAGGAGACAAGCUCAUCAGAGGUGGCAAGUCCUCCCCCCAAUCCGAGGAUGAGAACAAAAACAUUAAGAAGAGCGGUAUUGCUGGUGACCUGGCCAACAUGAGCCUGGAGCGUAGCGGAGAAGAUGGCGCCAUGAGGGACGACCGGGAGAGGAAGCUCCAGUGGGAGCAAGGCCAGGCCGACUACAUGGGCGUGGACCGCUUCGACAACAUCAAGGCACGGCUGGACGAGAAGAUAGCUCAGCCCACCCCCUCUGGCAGUGGCAAGGCACCAGAGGAUCAGCCACCACCGCCGUCUGAGUAACACUCUGUGACUGCUAAAUGCAUGCGUGUGUGUGCACAGUUAUCUUCCUCCUCAUCGUGGAGAAUGACUAGACUCAAGUGGGAACCACAGUGUGGAUGAUGCACCAUCGUCCUCCCCAUGCCUGGUCCCCAUGGCCGGCCUGUGUACCUGGUGCCUUUGCCUGCCCUGCUGGACGCCUCUGAUAGAUUUUUGUUUUCUUUUUUUUUUUGCUGGAUGUUGUCGCAUUCUGAUUGCGUGUGCAUGUUUAUGUACUUGUGUGUGUAUAUGAGUGUGUGUGCUGUAUGUAAAAUAUUCAAAGAUUUUUUUUUCUUUGGUUUAUGAAUGCUUUGGGGAAUGUCUAGACGAAUGUUGGAGUGUUUGCACGUCUGUGUGUCUCUGUAUGUGUGUUCUACUUACAGAAGAUGUGUUCUGCCAAUGUUUGGGUGGUGUUGGCUAGUGUUGGCUAUCUUCUGCUGAUAGGUACAAAUAGUGAGUUUCUCUGAUUUAUUUAUUGUUCUGGCUUUGAACUUUUUUUCUGGAUGGUAAUUGUUUUGUAGGUGGGUGGUUCUUGAUAUUUUCAGAUAGAGAUUAGAAAAGAUCUUUGUCUGUUGAAAAGGAUUUGGGUAUAUGUGGAGUCUUAUGAACAAGGUUGUCUGUGAACUGUACUUAAACAUGAAGUUCAUCGCACUGUUGGAUAGGACAAAACAUCACUGUGGCAAACUGAUUGCCUAGUGAUAACCAUCAAGUGAAAUAUCUGAUCAUCUGACUAUUUGUCAAAAUGUUGUUUGUUUUUUGUGCGAAAAUCAUUGAAUAAAUCUCUUAUUAUAGGAAAACUAAUGUUGAUGUUAUGAUGCUCAACAUUGCAACCAAUCAUUGAUCUAAACUUGUGCUGUUUGCUGGUUUGUAAUAUUCCUGGGUAAAAAGAAAACCCAAUCAAAGUUGUAGGCUUUCUGUUACUUGCUGUGUCUGCUCUUGCUUUUGUUUCUCUCUGUCUGGCACAAGAACUGUUGCAUGUAGGAUGGUGUGUGUGUUCAGAUUUGAUAGUCGCUUGUUUUGGGGUUGUUUUUGUUUUUUAGUGUGUUUUUUUUGGUUUUGCUUCGCAUUUGUUUUAAUAGAUCAGAGUCGGUGAGGUGGAGGGAAUGUUUUGGCAGUGUGAGAUUGUCUGUAGGGUGAUUGUUAUCCACUUCUGAAUUUUUGCACUGUUUAUUUAUUUUUAUUUUAUUUGCUGCUUGAUAUUCAUAAAGAUUUGUUGGCAUUUUCACCUGGUCUAGAAUUAUUUUUUUUCUGUGCACAAAUGCGGUUUUAGAACUUCUGUUUUGAAUCUGAGUUGAUGAAAUAUACAUGUCAUGAUUUGCUUGUCUAUCAUCUACGCAAGUUAUUUUGUCUCAGAUUUUUGUUUGUGGGAUGCGCAAUAAAGAUGAAAAUGUUUCAUCAUUUAAGCCAAAAUGGUUAUGACUGAAGUUAUGGAAAAGUUGUUUUAAUGGUGCCCUAUCGAGUAGGCAGUUGGUACUCUGAGAUGAAUGUAUUUUUCAAAAUAUUUUUUCCAGAAAUCUGUUGUCUGUUACACUCUUUUAAAGAGUGGGACUUUAUGAAUUUUGUCUACUGUCCUUGUUGGGUGAGAGUCUGGUAGCAUUUGGCUGUUUCCUUCCUUGCGAAGUGGAUGACCCCUCAAGUAUUAUCUUUUAUUGUUGAUUUUACUAUUUUACUUUCUGCCAUAGCCCUGUUACAAAUAAUAACUUACACUCACAGUAGCGUAUCUAAGUUUUGUGGUCAGCACCCUAUACCCUUGUCUGUGUAAUAAAAUGUUUUGUUCUUUCACAGGCUACUCUCUAAGACUUUUUCAUUGAUUCUGUGUAGGUCAGUGCUGUUGCUUUUUAGUAAUACCUUUUUCUGGCAACUUCCAAAUUUCCACCUUCAUGGGUUCUGAUUGCUUUCACAUGGCUUUUUUUUUUUUCUUCUUAUCCAUCAAGGCGGCCAUUCUUCCAGCCAGGGCAAUAUCAAAUGAUGGACUGUUACUUGUUGACAAAUUGUUGAGAUUUUUUGUGUUUUUCCCCGUAAUCUUUCCCAUAUAUAUAUUUCUAUAUAUACAUAUAUUUCUAUAUGGUGCUAGUCACAUUGCGUAGUCGUUCCUAUCAAUUCCUUUGUAAUUGAUUAUUUCUCAGUGUAGCAACUCACUGUGUUUUCUGUUGUAGAGUGUUGUACCAGUACAUCUGUGUGUUGGUAAGGGGUAAAUAGAGGCUGAAGAUGGCGCAAGACAAGACAUAUGUGGCAUAAUACGGUCUAAAAUCUGUCGUAUGAUGUUUGUUCUUGCCCUAUAUAAUAUGUAGUGGGGUUUGCCCUGACCGCAACAAAACCUUGUUAGUUACCCCCCCCCCCCCCCCCUCCUUUGAUCUCCUCCGAGCACCUUUCUUUUGAGUAAGAUAUUUUCGUAUAAAUGGGCCUUCAAAGUUCUGGAAUAUUCCAAAGAGCAUUAAUUCAAUAAGUGUAUAUUUGCAUUAUAUACUACUAUAUAUAUAUAUAAUAAAUAUAUAUAUAUAUAUAUAUUAAUUACUUAUGUAUAAAUCAGGAUGUGGUAUUUAAUCCUCCCAGUAGAAUGGCUCAAAUGAUGUAACCUAUUUACUUCAUAGACUAAAUCAAUAUUUGUUUAAUUUAUGUGAUAAGUUUAUAGACAGUUCGGAACUGUCCAGGGAAAGUAUUUAUUACUGCUCAUGUCCUGUAUGUGAUUUUGAAACUUUGUGACCAUAAUAACAUUGUGAUCUACAUAACCUAAAUCAAUUAAUUGACACAGUAGGAUAAUUAAAGCUUUAACUUCUCUGUGAAUCCUCUAAACAACCCAAAAGCGUCUUGAUUGUCUAAUAGAGACUCUCAGCUGUAAAGGACAUAAGCACUGACAAUUGGGAAGCUUCAAGUUGGAAGUGCAAAUGUGCAGGUUUCAGAAAUGGCUUUAUACUCGUUUGAAUUCUGCUGGGUAAACUUAGACCCGUUCAAAUUUUUUGACAAAUCAAUUGAACAGUCUGAAAUUGAAAUAGUUUGGGUUGUUUUUAUAUCUAAAAGGGAUAUUGGUUUUCUGACUGUGAAUUGGCUAUAAAAUGCAGCUGUAACAGGUGCUUUGCAUCCAUUUCAAACUAUGCCCUUGUGCGUCGUUUCGGGUCAUCUUUGUAGUGUUUUUCCCCACCCUGACACCAGACACAAUGUCUGACAGGAUAUGAGUGGUAACUACUUAAGAUGGCAAUGAAUCCAAAAGUUUAUGGCUGUCUUCUCUGAGGAAAAGCGUAGCAGUUCUUUAAUUUUACUCAAUUGUUUUGUUGGUUUGAAAUCCAGUCUUGCCAGGUUGAUGGUUGUGUACAAAAGAAAGCUGCUGCAUGGAAAGGUGUGGACAGUUUGCAUUGCAGUACUUUAUAGAGUAAAUGUAACCAUGUAUAUACCUGAGACUUAUUUGGUUAUCUGCAAGAUACUAUUUAUCGGGUCUGAUGUCGUACAAUUUGCUUUAACAAAAACUUACUGUUUUGUGGAUUUCAAGUGUUUUGUAUAUUAAGGUUAUAGCAUUUCAAACCAUAAAUUAUUUUGCUGUGUUUAUUGCGGUACCUUUUAGUGGGUAUUGUGUUAUAAAUUUUUCUGUCCAGUUCUGAGUUAUGCCUGUACAUACAUGUAUGGUUCAGGUGGUCAUUGCUUUGAAUGCUUGACAUUGUUCACAGUUAUACGACAUCGAGUUUCUUGUCUACUGACGCCAUUUGAACAUCUGACUGGUAAACCAGUGUGUGUUCCUGACUUGUUUGUUCCUUACUGUGUGGUCAGUGACAUAUAUAUAACUGCUGUGUUACAGUUCAGUUGUGGGUGUAUUUUGUCUCUGUCAGUUCAGUAAUGUGUGUGAGUGUGUAUUGUCUCUGUGAAAUAUCACUGAGGAAGAGAGCGGAUUUUCUCUGUACAGUUCCCCCCACAGUCUCUAGUAGAAUUGCUGUGUGUGCCAUUACUUCCCUUUCCCUUAUUAGUCCCCACCAUGUGAGACAAGACGAGACUGUUCAGCUUGAGGGAAUGCCGGAUGAGAUGUCGUAUGUUUCACGUAUCUGCCAGUGAACCCUCAGCUGGUCAGCGACAUUGUUGGCAAGUUGAGGCAUUCUACCGUCUCUGGUGUGUUCUGUCUAAGUGUUAGGGACAAGGGAGAAGUUGUUUUUGCUGUAAAGGCACCGGCCUUUCCUACUUUGAUGGCUGGUAGUAUUAUAGUCAAGAGCAUUCAUUACCUAUAGCAAAUUAUAUAAUGUUUGUAACGUGAAAGUACAUAGAUUCAUGCCCUCGACCGACACAUGUUCUGAAUUUGGCCGACUCCAAACUUGCUUCUUCCACAGUCGAUGCUAUCCUAAUGUCUGUACUGUCUUCACCUCCCUAAACACCUUCUGUCCUCAUGAAUAUGUUGAGAAAGUAUAUGCAGUAUUAAUUUCAGCUAAAACAAACGGAAUGAUUCGUACUGUUUUGUUGCUUUCUAAGUUAACAGAUUUAGGGUUUUCUUUUGAGACCUCUUGUAAACAGGAGAAUCUUUCAUUUUGGUAGUGUGUUUGAGGUGCAUUGUUUAAAAUUGUUUUACAAAAUGACUAGGUCUCUCUAACCCUUUAUAGUUCAUUUCUGGUGCCAUUUAUAAGUUGGCCAACUGUAUUGAAUUUUGUAGUGUAUGAGAUUGUAGCUCACAUGAUUGCUGCUAAAUAAAAAUAAUCUUACUUUAA